AUAGUACCAACAACAAACCGUGUCCGUGUCUCAGCCCCUACGCAAUUUGGGCUGCCGAUUGCAGACAAACUGAAGUCACUAUAAACUACUCUGCAAACCUCACAAAUACACGUUCACCGAUUUGCACAAUGGGUCCUCCCCAACCCGAGCUGAAGAAGUACCUGGACAAGAAGGUCUUUGUCCAGCUCAACGGCUCGCGCAAGGUCGUUGGUGUCGUGCGCGGCUACGACGUAUUCCUCAACAUUGUACUCGAGGAUGCCUUUGAGGAGAAGGACGGCGGAGAGAAGGUCAAGAUCGGCACUGUGGUUAUUCGCGGAAACUCGGUCGUCAUGCUGGAAGCAAUGGAGCGGAUAGGCGGCGACGACAGGCAUGGCGGUGGCGGUGGUGGCAGAUAGAAGAAGAUGCGGCCUAUUCAUUAUGCGGGAGGACUGAAACUUGAUCUACGUCAGGGUUCAACAAAGGGAAAAAAAGGAAGGAACCGGGAGGGGAUCGAGCGCAGAGCGACGCGCAUGUGAUCCACGGAGACCUUUUUGAACGAGGGAGCUGUUAUGGCCAGCUAUGUCGAUUAUGGUGUCUAUGAAUAGCUGGCCAGGUUUUAUCCCCAUCGGAACCUAGAGACGGUCGGGGUAUGGCACACCUACCUAGGUAGGACCCAAGGGGCCUCGUUUGGUCUGUCUGGCUGGACUCGCUCUGUGGCGUGGCGUGGCUUAUGCCGCCUCACUGAUGCUUCUCCAAUCGGGAAGCCAACGGUUCAGAGAAAAAGAAACGAUACCCAUGAGAUAACGUCAGAUCUACUUCCAACAUUUUUCAUCAAAGCCUUCUACACCUCUUCCCCCGAACCGUUUCACCCAGCCCUUGAUUCCUCCUUCCAACAGCAUCCCCUGAAUCUGUGUGUCACCCUUCUCGUCGACGUAGUCCUGGAACCAAUUUGCACAUUUCCAACCCCUGCCGCCGUCUGAGCAGGACCCUGAGUAGGCGAAUAUUCUUCGUGGUUAGGACGACGACUUGCUCAGCCAGCAUCUACGAUAGAAGAGUGUACAAGAUAGGUCUCACCGCAGUAAAACACGACCCUCUUGACCCCAGCCCUCCUGCAGAGGUCAUAGAUGGCCCCGCGCGUUGCAUACAAGCUCUGCGCCGGCAGGUUUAUGGAGCCAACCACUGUGCCGCCCAUCCAGUCAUCGCGGCGCACGUCGACGAGCAGCAUGUCGCCCUCCCCCGAAGCAGCACCGUUCUUGUCCCCUAGCAGUUUCAACAGCUCGUCUGCGGGUAGCGUCGGGCAACGUGCCUUGGGCGCCGGAAACGCUGCCCACCAUGGCUCGGCCUUUGGUGGCUGCUGUGGCUCUGCCAUUGCUGUGUUGUAAGGCGAUGUUGGCUUAGAAAUAGUUACGGCCGGAGAAGUAGGUAUAUGCUGAUGUUCCUGGUCGGAGAUGUUGCUCCUCACAGGAUAAACUAAAGAAGAAGAAAAAAAAAA